AAUGUCGGACACAAUGAAGGAUAAAGCAGCCCGCUUGUUAAAGAAAAGAGGCAGCAUUUCCUCUUUAGGGAGCCAUGAGAUCAAGGCAAAAGAAUUCAUUGGAAAAACCAAAGACUCCAUAAGUACAGUGUCUUACAUGGAUGAACCUGGCCACCAUGAUGACACCCUUCGUCCUGCUGUUCAGAUGGAGAACACAUACAAGUUGAGUCCUGCAAAAUACUUUCCAGUGGCUACUGUGAACAAUAUCUUGAAAGAUGUGGUAGCAAGUUAUCUUCAAGAAGAAAAAUAUGAAGCGGAGUUGUGCAGACAAAUGACAAAGACUGUCUCUGAGGUAAUUAAGGCUCGGAUAAAAGAUCUGAUGAUACCAAGAUACAAAAUUAUUGUGGUUAUACAUAUUGGACAACUAGACAAGCAAAGCAUGCUGAUUGGAAGCAGGUGCCUCUGGGACACUACAAGUGAUACUUUUUGUUCCUACUCCUUCAAAAAUAAAUCACUAUUUGGUCUUGCAAAUGUCUAUGCAGUUUACUCUGAGUAACAAAAAACGUUCAGUAUGAAUCUACCCUAAACACAUACCUAGGUACCAUUUUUAG